UCCCCACCCAAAACCCUACCAACUCCUACUCUCCAUCCACGCCAUGGCGCCGCCGGGCUCGCCCGCUCCCUUCACCGUCGGCGGGCCGGUGCUGAACAUGAUAUUCCAAGCGGCGUCCGACGGAGAUCUCCCCCUCUUCAAGAGGCUGGUGACGAUGCUGGACAUGGGCAGGGGCCGCCUCAAGGAGACGGUGGAGGCGCUGAGGGUGGAGGAUGCCGGGUUGCUACAGGGUCUCGGGGCACUGCACGUCGCCGCUAACCGAGGGAGGCUGGAGGUGUGCAGGUACUUGGUCGAGGAACUGCAGGUUGAUGUGAACGCCGUCGACAAGGGAGGUAGAACACCUCUGUUUUUUGCGAUAUCUUGUAAGGGUGUGGGUAUUGCCAAAUAUCUUCUUGAUCAUGGUGCCAAUCCAAACAAAAGCUGCCACGAUGGGCUUUCCCCUUUACAUGAAGCCACUGCAUCAGGAGAUUGUGAAACUGUUAAACUAUUGCUUGCUAAAGGAGCCUAUAUUGACCCGGUAGCCUUUUGUGGGACACCACUUCAUUGCGCUGCUACUCAAGGGCAUGACGGCAUUUUGAAGAUUUUGCUGGACCACAAUGCAGACCGCAAUAAAGAGGUAAAUGGCAAGACGCCUCUCAUUGCAGCUGUAGAUGCUGACUCAAGGAACUGUAUGCUUCUCCUGAUUAGGGCUGGUGCUGACACCAAGGGAGCUUUAACCUAUGCUGCGGAGAAUCUCCAUUCUCAAAAACUUGUUUCAACUGACUUCGUCAAUUGCAUUAAGGAGGACGCUGCUGCCAACCGUGUUCUUCCAGAUGAUGAUGAGCCUGUGUCUAAAAGCAAAACUAGAGCGGCAGGGUUUAAGAAACUUGCGAACAACUCUUUCAAGAAGAAGGAUUAUUUUUCUGCAGCAGGAUCCUACAGUGUGGCAAUGAUGCUUGAUCCAGAUGAUGCGACCAUGUACUCAAACAGGAGCCUUUGCUCGCUCCGCAUGGGUGACGGAGACAAGGCUUUGAUAGAUGCUAACGAAUGCAGGAAAAUGCGGCCUGAUUGGCCAACAGCCUGUUACCGGCAAGGCGCGGCUCUGAUGUUACUGAAGGAUUACAAGGGUGCUUGCGAACAUUUCCUGGAUGGACUCAAGUUGGACCCAGCUAACACUGAGAUUGAGGAUGCAUUACGGAAAGCUUAUGAUGCCAUGCAAGAUGUCUCUCAACACCAAGGCUGAGUAACUGUUUGCAGGGGGAAGGAGUUCUUUGUUUUCUUUUAAAAAAGUGGGAAGAAGUUCUGGAUCUGCUCUCUAGUCGAGCUGUAGCUGAGCGUUUCACCUUUUGCUUAUAGGCUUUGAAUUCCUGAACUUGUCUAAUGGGAAAUCAAGUAAACUACUGGCAUAAACAUCUGGGGGGUUUUAUUUGGUUUCCUAUCUUUUUGUAUCAUUCAUUCGGGCUGUAAGAUAGAUUAUUAUCUGUCCCCUCAUAUGCCCUUCAAAUCCAUAUAAUCUCAUGCAAUGUAGAGCAAACAAUUUACUUUAUAAUUCGUAUAGAGCA